GACGAGAGGAACAGAGGAAGAGCUAGAGGGAGGGAGGGGAAGGAAAAGAGUGAGAGAGGCAGAGAGAAGAAAAGACACAAAACUUGUGACUUGGCAAAAGAGGGCAGGUACCAGAGGCAGGACAAUGAAGGCUAGUGCGAGACUCCUGUCUGCACUGACUGUGUUCCUCCUACUGGGGGCAGUGUUCACCCAGAAACCUCGGGCAAAGAAGCCCACCAAGGCUCCAGGUAGUGCUAGAAAGCCUCCUGCUAGGCCUCCUGUUAGGAAGCCUACUGUCCCACCCCUGCCAGAGCCCAAGGAACCAACAGAUUUCCCCCCACCCCUCCUGGGCCCACCCUCCAUCUUUCCCGACUGCCCCCGGGAGUGCUUUUGUUCCCCAAGCUACCCGAACGCCCUCAACUGUGAGAACCGGAACAUCCGUGUGAUCCCAGUCAUCCCAUUGAGAACUCACUACCUGUACCUCCAGAACAAUUACAUCUCAGAGAUAACAGAGGAGCCCUUCCUCAACGCCUCGGAUGUCCGCUGGAUCAAUCUGGCAAACAACCGUAUUCAUCGCAUAGAUAAGCAGGUGUUCGAAAAGCUUCCAGCACUUCUGUAUCUCUAUGCACAGCGAAACCAGCUUAACGAAGUCCCUUCAGGCCUCCCAGCAACUCUGGAGCAGCUUCGUCUUGGUAGGAAUCGUAUUACCAGGAUCCCAACUGGUGUCUUCAGCAAGCUGGGGAACCUGACUCUGCUCGAUCUGUACCACAACCAGCUGAGUGACAGUGACCUGGGUAAGAACACCUUUAAAGACCUGAAGAGCCUGGUGCAGCUCAACCUGGCUCAUAACACGCUGAAGAAGAUGCCUGCUGGUGUACCAAACAGCCUUGUACAGCUUUUCUUGGAUAGGAACCGUAUAGAUGACAUCCCAAAAGCCUACUUUGACAGCUUCAGUCACCUGGCAUUUGUGAGGCUGAACUACAACCAGCUCAGUGAUAAAGGAGUUCCAAAGAAUGUGUUCAAUGUCUCCAGCCUGCUAGACCUGCAACUGUCCCACAACCAGCUCGCUUCGAUUCCUCUGUUCAGCAGUCACCUGGAGCACCUCCAUCUCAACCACAACAGCAUUGAGAGCAUCAACGGCACCCAGAUCUGCCCAUACAGCCUGCAGGCUGAUCUGAGUGAUAUGAGCAAGGUUCCCAAGCUAAGGUACCUACGUUUGGAUGGAAACCACCUGAACCCUCCCAUCCCUCUGGAUGUCAUCAUGUGCUUCAGGCUCCUUCACUCUAUUGUCAUUUAGGAAAACCAUGCCUGAAGGCAUGGGGACUUGCACAUGCAAUACUGUGCAAAAAUCUUGAGCCACCCCUCCUUUCUUUAUAUUUUGCUGGGAAAAUAGGUGCAGCAAUUUAUUGAAACAUGUGCAAACACAUGGAAAUACAGUACACGAGGCAAAAACA